AUGAAGUCGUUCGUCGCUUUCUGCCUCUUCGUCGAAGUCGCCUAUGCUUGCAUCGCCAUCCCGCCGCUGCCCGGCGCGGCCCCGCCACCCCCACCGCCUCCACCACCGGCGCCUUGCUGCUGCGCAGCCGCGGCCCCAGCUUGUGCUCCUCCGCCACCACCGUGCGGUUGCGGCUGCGGCGGGCGCAAGAAGAGGUCGAUCCUGGAGAGCGAGCAGCCGACGACGCUGAGCCUUGAUGAGGUGGCGCUGGUCGCGUCGACGGAAGACCAGCUGUGCAACUCGCUGACUUUGAAGAAGAUCUUGAAGGAGAACAUGAGCAACUCGCCGAGCUUCUCGAAGGUAGCCAUCUCGAACAUCCUGGCCGAUCGGAACACCACUUUCUCGGUGAUUUGCGGAGCCGGCGAGCUGGAAUUUGCGAUCGGCCACGCCUUCGACCACUGCUCGCUGUCGCAAGACGGCGUCGCCUGCCAAAUCUUUACCGAA